AUGAUUAAGUGUGUGUGGCUCCUAAGCACGAACGCCGCAGCAUCACAACAGCCUAAGUGGGCGAUCCAAGAACUCGAACUCAAUGGGUGUUACUCAUCACAAUUGGUAGACCGAAAGAUGAUGAGUCCGAGAUUAAGGUCUGUGGCAAGAUGGUCAAGCCCAAUUUUGAAAGAUGGUUUUCAUCAAUUGGCUACGCUAAGGUCAAGGUCUUCGAACCCUGCGAUGGAAUUCCCAUGCUUGGAUAAAAUGGAUCAGUUGUCGGCUCAACUAAGAAACAAACCAGCCAGCUGCUCAAGUGGAGAUGCUACAUCUUCACCCAGUAAUGAACCAGUUUAUGGAAAAGUACGAUCAGGCUUUAAGGUUUUCAAGUCAAAUGAGCCGUUGUUCCUGGAUUACGGAGGGGUGUUGCCCAAAUUCCAAAUUGCUUACGAGACCUGGGGUACCUUGAAUAGCGACAGAUCAAAUGCAAUACUGAUACAUACGGGUUUAAGUGCGUCGUCGCAUGCAAAGUCCUCCUCGGAUAACCCUCAGCCCGGAUGGUGGGAAAAGUUCAUCGGUCCUGGCAACAUCAUGCUAGAUACCAACAAGUUUUUUGUCAUUUGCACCAAUGUUCUUGGUGGAUGCUAUGGCUCUACAGGGCCCUCGUCCCCGGAUCCUGCAGAUGGCUCUCCUUAUGCCACCCGGUUCCCCAUGCUCAGCAUUCAAGAUAUUAUUAGGGGCCAGCAGAGACUGGUGAAGGAGCAUCUUGGCAUUCAUGCACUUUAUGCAUCCGUGGGUUGUUCGAUGGGUGGUAUGCAAUCGCUGGCGUAUGCGCAACAGUUUCCAGAGUUGGUUGAGAAAGUCGUCACAGUGUCUGCGUGCGCGAGGUCACACCCUUCGAGCAUUGCCAUGAGACAUGCUCAACGCCAGGUCCUGAUGGCCGACCAACACUGGGCGCGCGGUUUUUAUUAUCCCAAUGCUCAAGAUCCACACAAGAUACUUCCACAUGUUGGCAUGAAACUCGCACGAGAGAUCGCUACCGUCACAUAUCGAUCCGGUCCCGAGUGGGAAUCACGUUUUGGCACAGAGCGGCUCAAUGACGAAAGGUCUCCCGUUUUAUGUCCCGAUUUCUUGAUCGAAACGUAUUUGGAUCAUCAAGGCGAAAAGUUCUCCUUGGAGUAUGACGCGAACUCCUUCCUAUACCUCUCGAAAACGAUGGAUUUGUUCGAUCUAUCUCAAAGUCAUCAAAACAGAAGCGAGCGCAAAAGGGCUGAAGCGAUGCGCAUGUAUGAGAGGAAAGAUUUGCACGACCAGCCUGCCAAGCUCUGCGAUGAACCUUACGAGCCCACCAAGAAAAGGAGGUCCACAACAGUAGAACAAGCACGCGAAGAUUUAAAGAAAGGCAUGGAACCUAUUAAAGGGAAAGAUAUUCUAGUGGUUGGUGUCAAAUCUGAUGGUCUUUUCCCAUAUUGGCAACAAAGGGAAAUCGCGGACCUUCUGGACAAUGGUGAACAAGUCAAACACGUUGAGUUAGAUGAGUCACAGUCUUUAUUUGGGCAUGACACUUUCCUGCUCGAUUUGGAGAAUGUCGGCGGCAGCAUAGGUAAAUUUCUAAACAAAGACCUUUAA